CGCCCGCGCCGCCAGUCAGCAUCAGGCGCCCCCGCGCGCAGCGCUACUCGACCCACUGUGCAUGUGACGUGAGCGCGAAAUUCAAACUCCGAAUUCGAACUUCAGUUUUUAAAACUUUAUUUUUCUUCUUCUGUGGUGCCAGUGUUUUUGACCGUGCGUUUUCUGAUUAGCGACUACCGUACGGGCAUGCUGUAGCAAUGGUUAUCGGCAAUUUCAGAUCGCUGCUGCUAGCGGUCAUUGUAUUAAGUAAUUGUAUCACAUGGACCUCAUCUAGGCAUCACUUUAAACAUCACGUUCUACGGCACCGGAGUCGGCACAGACGGCAGGGCGCGGGGCUGUACCUGGCGGCGUCCUACGUGCUGCCGGGGGGCGAGGGGGGCGGGGCGUGGGGCCCGUGGGGCGAGGUGUCUCCCUGCUCCCGGACCUGUGGGGGCGGCGUCGCCAGCCAGAAGCGGAUAUGCUUGGAGAUCGGGCCAGACGGGCAGCCGCGGUGCGCAGGGGGGGACACCAAGUACUUCUCGUGCGAGACCCACGACUGCCCCGCCGGCGCCGCAGACUUCCGCAGCGAGCAGUGUGCAGAGUACAACAAUGUCACCUUCAGGGGGGUCACGUAUAACUGGAUCCCCUACACCAAGGCUCCGAACCCGUGCGAGCUGAACUGCCGGCCGCGCGGGGAGCGCUUCUACUACCGCCAGGCGCGGCAGGUGGUGGACGGCACCAGGUGCAACGAGGAGUCCUUUGACGUCUGCGUCAAUGGGGAGUGCCAGCCUGUAGGUUGUGACAUGAUGCUGGGUUCCAACGCCAAGGAAGACAAGUGCAGAGAGUGUCGUGGAAAUGGAACAAACUGCCACACUGCCAACGGACGCAUCGACAACCAAGAUCUCACACAGGGCUACAACGAUGUACUAUUAAUACCCCAGGGAGCUACUAAUAUCUACAUUGCAGAAGUCAGAGCAUCAAAUAACUACCUCGCCCUAAGAAGUAAGCAGUACAACAAUUACUACCUGAACGGUGACUACCACAUCGACUUCCCGCGGUCGAUCAGCAUCGCCGGUGCCCUGUGGCAGUACGAACGCAGCCAGCAGGGCUUCCCGGCUCCAGACAAGCUGAGGUGCCUCGGGCCCACCAACGAACCUUUGUAUCUUUCGCUGCUCCUUCAAGACGUGAACGUGGGUAUCGAGUACGAGUACAGCAUCCCCAAGUCCAUCGCGCCACCCCCGAACCAGCAGUACAACUGGGUCUUUGACGAGUUCACGCCUUGCAGCGCGUCUUGUGGAGGAGGCAUCCAAUACCGCAACGUGACCUGCAGAUCUCGGGAAGACCUGGACGUGGUCGACAGCAGCCUCUGCGACGAGGGUCUCAGACCAGCUACCAACCAGACUUGCGCCAACCACGCAUGCGCUGCCAGAUGGGUGGAAGGGCCCUGGAGUCCUUGUUCCAAGCCCUGCGGAGAAGCUGGCACCAGAUCUCGAGCUGUGUACUGUGAGAAGGUUAUUUCUAAUGGCCGUGGCUCCGUGGUCGACGACAGUGAAUGCUUCAACCAACUGGGACCGAAACCCGAGCUCUACCAAGAAUGCAACAAGAACUCCGCGUGUCCAUCUUGGUUCACUGGGCCUUGGAAAGCUUGUGACAAGCUUUGCGGUGAAGGCAAGCAGACGCGCCAAGUCGUAUGCCACCAGAAGACCAACGGCAAGGUGGAGGUGUUCCCUGACAAGGAGUGUGCUGAUGAGAAGCCUCCGAGUGAACAGAGCUGCAUGAUCCACCCGUGCGAAGGCGUCGACUGGGUCGUGUCUGAUUGGGUUGGGUGCGACAGCUGCCUAUCGAAGGAAAGGACGCGUCAAGCAGAGUGCGCGACUAAAGACCGGACUGUGGUGAAUUCGACCUUCUGCUCCUACCAUCCCAUGCCGGUCCUGAAGGAAGACUGCGACAGGACCAAGCUGCCUCCUUGCACCGUGCAGUGGUACGCUACCCAGUGGAGUAAUUGUUCAGUGGAAUGCGGUCACGGGGUGAAGGUCCGUCGCAUCUUCUGUGGCCUCUUCGACGGGACUGCCGUCAUCAAGGUAGACGAUUCCCGUUGCAGCGAGGAAGAGAAGUACAACGAGACUACUCCCUGUGAGAUCCCUGAUGAGAAGUGUCCUGCUAAAUGGUUCGGAGGACCCUGGUCUGAGUGCACAAAAGAGUGCGGCGGAGGCGAGCAGUUCCGCCACACGAUGUGCCUGAAGGGCAGCCUGGAGGCCAGCGACUGCGACCCCGAGGCCGUGCUGGACUCCAGCCAGGCCUGCAACACACAGGCGUGCAAUAAAGAUGAAAUCAUUCCGGUGGACUCGAAAUCCACACCGAUCAUGGACGAGGACUAUGAAGACGAGGAAUGUGAAGAAGAAGAGGAAGAGUACCCCGAGGUCGGCGCUGAGGAGAGUCUGGAGGGAGAAGAAGAUACCGCUUCUAGUGUCAGCGACAUUAUGUUCAGUGACAGCCCAUCUACUGAUAUUACAGAAGAAGGGUCUGGUAUGGAAAGCACGUUAUUCACAAGCUCCGAUACUGAAACGUCCGACGAAGGUUCCGCAUUCGGCUCCACAACUGAACUUGAGGAAAGCCUUCCAACAAGUGAGACCGUCAGUGAAGGUAGCACUGAAUCAGUCAGCGAAGGCAGUACUGAGGCUGGAGAAUCUUCCACUACUGAAGCAGGCAUAUCUGGAUCUACUGAAACUUUGGAAACUGACGUCACAUCAUCAUCGAGUGAUGCCACAGAGGUCACUGGCGAAUCUGAUUCAACGACUGAAAGUUCGACCGAUGUUACCGGUGCCACUGAAGAAAGUGGCUCUACCGAAGCUGGAGGUUCCACUGAGGCAAACACUGGUGCUUCAGAUUCUACCGAUCAGAGCACUACAGAAAGCGGCAGCAGUGAAGCAUCUACUGAAUCAGCCAGCGAAGCUACUUCGGAAAGUUCAACUAUCGAAGAAUCUACAACGGAAGGAUCUACGGAAAGCAGUACUGACGGCGCUAGCACAACGGAUAGUGGAUCAACAGAAAGCUCAACAUCCGCAUCAGAAUCUUCAGACUCAGCCAGUUCUGUAACAACUGAAGAAUCAUCUACAGACUUUGCCGGCACUACAGAAGACGCUGAGAUUACGGAAUCAUCAGGAGCAACUGAAGCAAGUGCUUCUGAAGGCUCAACUGAAACAGAAGUUACUGAAAGUGCAAUCACAGAAGUUACAGAAAGCGGAGCUACCGAUGUUACUGGAAGUGAGGCUACUGAAGAAACCGGUGGUAGUACAGUCACAGAGAGUACGGAAGAGACUGGUAGUACGGUUACCGAGGAAACUGGAAGUACUGUUACGGAAGAGACAGAAGAAACAGGAGGUAGCACAGCCACCGAAGAAACAGGUAGCACAGUUACUGAAGAAUCUGUUGCCACUGAAUCUGAAGGCUCAACAGUUACAGAAGAAACCGAGGCAACGAGCGAAUUAUCAUCAAAAUCAACAACACCUUGGGACUGGUACUCCACCGUGGAGGGGACCACCAAGCACAAGGUGUGCAAGCCGAGGAAGAAGAAGGCCAAGUGCAAGAAAUCCAAGUUCGGAUGCUGUCCCGACAAGAGGACCCCUGCCGCUGGACCGUUCGAUGAAGGUUGCCCCAACCCCAAGACCUGCAAAGAGUCGAAAUACGGCUGCUGUCCCGACGGCGUUUCACCAGCUCAAGGAGAGAAGAACGAGGAGUGCCCGCAACCUCCUUGCAAGGAAACUCUUUACGGAUGCUGCAAGAGCGACAACAAGACUCCUGCAGAAGGGAAUAAUGAGGAGGGAUGCCCACCGCCACCGCCUAAGUGCAAGUCUUCGAAAUAUGGCUGCUGUAAAGAUGGAAAAACUGAAGCUACAGGACCUAAGAAGAAGGGAUGUCCAGAGACAGCACCAAAGAAGGGCACCAAGGGUUGUGCGGCAUCACCUCACGGCUGCUGCUCCGAUGGAAAGACUGAGGCCACCGGACCAAACGGCGCUGGCUGCCCCUGCAACAUUACUGAAUUCGGCUGCUGUCCUGAUAAUGUUUCACCAGCUCGCGGUCCUCAAAUGGAAGGCUGUGUGAUGUCCUGCAACACGUCAGCGUACGGGUGCUGCCCAGACGGCGAGACUCCGGCCCACGGGCCCGACAACGAGGGCUGCUGCUUGCUGUACAGCUUCGGAUGCUGCCCCGACAACUACAAGCCGGCUGAAGGGCCUCAGUUGCAAGGUUGUGGAUGCCAAUACGCCAAAUUUGGAUGCUGCCCUGACAAUAUUACGAUCGCCCAUGGAACCAACAAGGAAGGCUGCGGGUGCCAAUACACCCAACAUGGCUGCUGUCCUGACAGGCACACUGAAGCAGCUGGACCCAACUAUGAAGGUUGCGGCUGCCACACUUACCAGUUCGGCUGCUGCCCAGAUGGCACCACUAUCGCAAAGGGUCCCAACCUAUACGGCUGCCAUUGCUCGCAGUCACAAUUUGGCUGCUGCGGUGAUGGCCAGACGGCGGCCAAGGGACCGGAGGGUGCUGGGUGCGAUUGCGCAGCCAGUAAACAUGGAUGCUGCCCAGACGGACAGACUGAGGCUACCGGAGAGAAGUUCGCUGGUUGUGCUGAUAUUCCUGUUAAUAGACAAGCAAGCUGUGCUUUGAAGACCGACCGCGGUCCAUGCCGUAACUACUCAGUCAGUUGGUACUACGACAUCGAAUAUGGUGGCUGUUCACGAUUCUGGUACGGAGGCUGCGAAGGAAAUGGAAACCGGUUCAGCUCCCAAGAGGAAUGUCAAGACGUCUGCGUGCACCCAAGUCCAAAAGACGCCUGCAAGCUACCCAAGUCCAAGGGUGCCUGUCAAGGCUACAACCUGCAUUGGUACUUCGACACGGACCGUCAGCAAUGCGGCCAGUUCGUGUACGGAGGGUGCCUCGGUAACGACAACAACUUCGAGACCCGAGACGCUUGCCAGGAUCAGUGCGAGCCGGCACGAAGUGGAAACCAAUGUCACUUACCUCUGGAGCGCGGUUCAUGUGCCGGCAACUUCAACCGAUGGGGCUACAACAAGGAGGCGGGCCGGUGCGAGCAGUUCACAUGGGGAGGCUGCGAAGGAAACGGAAACAGGUUUAAUUCUGAAGCUGCUUGCGUACAGAAGUGCGAUCCGCCGGGAGCUCUUAAACCUGAAUGCACGCUGCCUAAGGAACCAGGCAACUGUACUGAGAAGUACGCGAGAUGGGCCUUCAGCGAGUCUGAGAACCGAUGCCUUCCGUUCUACUUCACCGGGUGUAAUGGCAAUGACAAUAACUAUCAGACCGAGGAGGAAUGUAGCUCAAGAUGCCCAAGUGCCUAUGAACAAGACACUUGUCUGCUGCCCGCGGAAACUGGCUCUUGCGCCGACUACAGAGAAAAGUGGUACUUCGAUUCUGCUGAACAAAGAUGUCGCCAGUUCUACUACGGCGGUUGCGGCGGGAACGACAACAACUUCAACAGCCAGAUUGAGUGCGAGCGGCGCUGCCGGCAGGCGGCCUCCACCACCACCACGCCACAGCCGUCAGCCCCUGAACAGUUCAGGAAUGAGUUUUGCUUCAUGGAAGUGGACCAGGGUCCUUGCCACGAAGCGGAGCCGCGCUGGGCGUACGACAGCGCGCGCGGCGCCUGCACGCAGUUCCAGUACGGAGGCUGCGGCGGGAACAGGAACAACUUCCCCAGCCGGGAAUACUGCCAGUACUACUGCUCGCCUGCCCAGGAUGUGUGCCAGCUGCCGAUGUCCACUGGCCCGUGCGAGGCGUCAGUGAUGGCGUGGUUCUACGACGCGUCUUCAGACAGCUGCAGCCAGUUCACUUACGGAGGAUGCGAGGGCAACGGCAACAGAUUCCAGUCCCGAGAUGAAUGUGAAAGACGCUGCAGAACCGGCCCAGCGGCUCCUGCUCCGGCUGAAACCACCACCACUGCGGCAGCGCCUACGGAGUCCAUAGCGCCGCAAUGCCAGUCGUACCCCGAGCCGUGCACGUCGACAGGCGAGGUCUGGUACUACGACCAGGGCCGGCGCGAGUGCGUGCCGCAUCAGAACCAGCAGUACGGGGCGGAGUGCAGGAACACCGGCGUGUUCCAGUCCCAGGAGGCCUGCGACAGGUCUUGUGGUGCCUUUAGAGGACUUGACGUGUGCAACUCCCCGCUGGACGCCGGUCCGUGCCAGGCGUUCGAGACGAAGAUCUUCUUCAACCAGACGGCGCAGGCGUGCCAGGCGUUCACGUACGGAGGCUGCCACGGCGGGCCCAACCGCUUCUCCACCGUGGACGAGUGCGAGCAGACUUGCCGGCCGAGGACAGACGGUAGUGACGUGUGCAACAUGGAGCAGGACUCGGGCAGCUGCGACGGCUACUACAUCAAGUGGUUCUACGACCGCCUGCGCGGGGACUGCGGACAGUUCAUCUACACCGGCUGCGGAGGCAACCAGAACAACUUCGAGACACAGGAGGCUUGCGAGGGCCGCUGCAUCUAUGGUCAGCUGCAGCCCACGACCGCCCUCCCACCGUCCACCGCCUCCCAGACCGUGCAGCAACAAGUCACUGUCACUCCACAGGCGACGGACCCGAAAUGCACGACACCAGAAUCUCUGGAGCCCUGUGGCUUCAACAGCACGGUGUUCUACUACGACUCGACGGUUCAGGACUGCGUGGCCGGCAACAUCGGCGGCUGCAGACACCCCAACAGCUACGCUACUGAGGAGCAGUGCCAGAGGGAGUGCGGACUUUUCAGAGGACUGGACGUAUGCCGUUACAACCUGGACCCCGGUCCAUGCAAGGCGUCGAUCCCCAAGUACUUCUACGAUCCGGUGACGGGCGCCUGCCAGAUCUUCGCUUACGGCGGCUGCGGCGGCGGGCCCAACCGCUUCUCUACCGUCGAGGAGUGCGAGAAAAUCUGCACAAGAGGUGCAGUGCCGGCCUGCUUGGAGGCUGUGGACACGGGCCGAGAGCAGUGCGAGGAGGUACCCUCGAGGAGGUGGCACUUCAGCGCGCUGGACAAUGACUGCUACGCCUUCGUGUUCUCCGGCUGCGGCGGCAACGGCAACAACUUCCGCUCCUACCAGGACUGUCUGAGCGACUGCGAGCCUUACGGUAUAAACGAAGUGACGGAGUGUGAUGCGUACAUCGAGGAGUGCAACCAGAUCCGCUGCGAGUACGGAGUGCAGAGCGUGCGCACGGAGACAGGCUGUGAGCGCUGUCUGUGCGCCGCCGCGCCCAGCAACUGCGAUGCGCAGGCGCGGGAGUGCGCAGAGAUCAAGUGUCCCUUCGGAGUGGACAAGACCGUUGGAGAGGAUAACUGUGAAAGAUGCACGUGCAAGGAGCACCUGUGCGCCGGGCAGGUGUGCCCCGCGGGACAGCGCUGCGUGCUGGACGCCUACCGCGACCCCGUCACCCAGGAGUCCAGAUACAACGCCGACUGCAGGACAGUCAACAAGCCAGGCCUGUGUCCAUCGGAGCAGCUGCUGGCCACGGAGCAGGCGUGCCGGCGCGAGUGCACGGACGACGCGGACUGCCGCGGGGUCGGCAAGUGCUGCGCGAGCGGGUGCAGCCAGCUGUGCGUGGCGCCGCUGGCCUCCGCCACCACGCCCUACGUGCCCAGUACUACUGGGGUACCUGAGCUGCCGCAAGCGCCUCAAGCGAACCCGCAGACGGAGCCGGAGGUGAUGUCGGAGGAGAACGGCAAGGCCACGCUGCGCUGCCUGUUCCACGGCAACCCGCCGCCCAAGAUCACCUGGCAACGUGGGAAGGUCACGAUCGACGGCACGGUGGGCCGCUACCGGCUGCUGUCGGACGGCGCGCUGGAGAUCGUGCAGCUGUACCGCAACGACUCGGGGGUCUACAUCUGCGUCGCCAACAACGGGCUCGGCACUGCCCGGCAGGAGGUGCGCCUGCAAGUUAAUGAUCCGGUGGAGCGCGCGGCCGGCAUCGCGGGCGACGCGGGCGCGGCGGUCACGGGCGAGCUGGGCCAGGCGCUGGCGCUGCGCUGCCUCGCCUACGGCUACCCGACGCCCACCAUCGCCUGGUACCGCGGCGUCAGCGGGCCCAUGGUGCCCUUCGUGAGCAGACAGUACGAAGCGCGUGGAUUCGUCCUGCAAAUCCGAGCAUUAGACCUGGAGACGAUUGGAGAGUACGCGUGUCAAGCGUACAACGGGCUGGGCAAGCCGGCGUCGUGGGCCGUGGUGGUGCAGGCGUACCAGCCGGACGGGCAGCACAUCGACAGCCCCUUCCUGGUGGCGCGGGAGAGCGUGGUGCGGGUCACCCCGCGGCUGGCCUACACCGAGCCGACCACCGCCGCCACCACGCCCGAGCCCGAGCCAGAGGUGCCCGUCUACACCGUGCCGGUGUCGACUCGCCUGCGGGCAACCCAGAACAAGUUCGCGUCAGGCUCCGAGUUGUCUAUCCCGUGUGAGGUGGACGGGUACCCGACUCCUGAAGUACACUGGACUAAGGAUGGCGUGAGACUGCAGCCCAGCGACCGCCUGCAACUGUCAGACGCGCGGCUCACUAUCUCGCAACUGGCGCCGGCUGACAGCGGCGUGUACGGCUGCCACGCCGCCAACGCCUUCAGCUCGCACUACGCCACCCUGCAGAUCACCGUCGAAGGGCUGUACAUCCCGGCGUCGUGCUACGACAAUCCUUUCUUCGCCAACUGCGCGCUCAUCGUCAGCGGACACUUCUGCCACCACAAGUACUACUCCGGAUUCUGUUGCAACUCGUGCGUGCGGUCCGGGCAGAUCUCCAUCGAGGAGAUUCAGUCCCUCAUGAGCAGCAAGCGCAGGAAGUAGUUCCUUAAACCGCCACCGGCGCUGCUGUUCCCACCACUUCAGUAAUAUCUGUCACUUUUGUACUUUGACCUUGC